AUGACGGGUGCUCUGCAGCAGACUCUCAAAGGUGAUCCAACUUCGGUUCAGAUGAUGGCUUUCUCACCCAAUAGUCGACUGCUAGCGUCUAGUUCCGACAAAAUAAUCCGAAUAUGGGACACCACGACAGGCGUUCAACAGCAGACUCUCGAGGGCCAUUCGGACUCGGUAAACUCGGUAGUAUGUUCGCCAAAUGGCUUUCAUUUAGCCUCUGGAUCUAAUGAUAAGACAAUACGUCUCUGGGACAUCCCGACAGGUGCCCUUCAGCAGAUUUUCGGGGGCCAUUCAGGCUCGAUAAACUCGGUGGCAUUUUCGCCUGACGGGCGACUAAUAGCUUCUGGAUCUAAUGAUAAGACAGUACGACUCUGGAACGCUACGACGAAUUCUCUGCAUCAAAUUCUUCAGGGCCACCCAGACGCGAUUCAGUCUGUGGUCUUCUCGUCUGAUGGCCGGCUACUCGCUUCUAGUUCUAAUAAGCUGAUACGGCUCUGGGACAGCACGAAAGGCACCCUGAAGCAGACACUCGAGGGGUAUUCCGGCUUGGCUGCGUCAGUUACUUUUUCACCCGAGGGCCGGCUGCUAGCUUCUGGUUCGUACGAUAAGACCGUUCGGGUUUGGAACACUACGACAGGAGCCCUGCAGCAGACCCUAAGGGGCCAUUCAGACUCGGUUCAGUCUGUAUUCUUCUCGCCGGAUGGCCGGCUACUAGCGUCUGGUUCAAAUGACGAAACAGUCCAGCUCUGGGAUACUACGGCGGGCGCCCGGCAGCAGACUCUCGACGGCCAUUCGGGCUCUGUAAACUCGGUAACUUUCUCACCCGACAGUCGACUGCUAGUGUCUUGUUCCUAUGAUAAGACGGUCCGUUUCUGGGACACCACGCCGAGCGGCCUACAGCAGACCCUUAAGGGACACUCGAGCUGCGUUUGGUCGAUGGCAUUCUCUCCAGAUAGCCGUCUGCUAGCGUCCUGUUCGAAUGAUACUACUGUCCUACUCUGGGACACUAUGACAGGCGCUCCAACACACACUCUCGAGGGCCAUGUGGGCUCCGUUAGGUCGGUGGUGUUCUCUCCAGAUGGCCGGCUGCUAGCAUCCGCUUCUAAUGAUACGACCAUCCGGCUCUGGAACACCACGACAGGUGCCCUAGAGCAUAUUCUAGAGGGUCAUUUGAGCUCGAUCUGGUCCAUAGCUUUCUCGCCAGACGGUCGGUCGCUAUCGUCUGGAUCUCAUGAUAAGACAAUCCACAUUUGGGACAUCACGACAAGCGCUCAACAUCAGAUUCUCGAGGGUCACUCAGGAUCAGUCCGGUCGGUGGCAUUUUCUCCCGAUGGCCGGCUUCUAGCAUCCGGUUCUAAUGAUACGACAGUCCGACUCUGGGACAUCACAACAGGAGCCUUGCAGCAGACUCUCAAAGGUCAUUUAGGCUCCGUUCGGUCCGUGGCAUUCUCGCCCGAUGGCCGGCUGCUGGCUUCCAGUUCUAAUGAUACGACAGUCCGGCUUUGGGACAACAUGACGGGUGCCCUCAUGCAGACUCAUUCUGUCAAAGGCCUAGCUACUGGCGUCGAAUUCUCCCAAGACGGCUCAUACUUGAGCACUAGUCUAGAUGUCAUUGAUAUUCAGCCUAAAGGUGGGAAUCCUACGUCUAGCUUACCCAAAUCAAGCUUAGGAAUCUCUGUAGUCCAGGAGCAGUGGGUAACUAUGCACGAUGAGCAUGUUCUAUGGCUUCCUGUUGAAUUUCGGCCUUCGUGCUCAGCGAUGAAAGACAGUAUGCUUGCUCUUGGUCAUGUGUCAGGGUGGAUUUCUUUCAUGGAAUUUCGCCUAUAG